AAACCCCUUAAAGUUUUAUUUAAAAAUAAAAAUAUACAAGUAUUUUGUAAUUUUAUUUAGUUAAAUUUUAGGGCAAACUAUACCGGAUUUAGUGCUGCAGCAACUGUUAUCGUGUGCGGUUUCAAAUAAAAGCGAAUUGUAGAAAGUGAAACACUAAAAUGUUGAAGUGGCAAAUCUGUGUAGUACUUGUGUGUUUGUUAAUGACCUUGGGCGAAACAAAGCGUGUUAAACGUAUAGUGGGAGGCCAUCAUGCCAAAGCCCCACCACCAGAUGAUCCAGUAGUAUUUACACGUAUUUAUAAUCGUGAUGCCCGUGUUGAGGGUUAUCGCAAUCCCAACACCAGAAUCUAUACGUUUUUGGGUUUACAUUAUGCUGAGCCGCCCACAGGUUCAAAUCGUUAUGCUCGUCCGGUGUUUAAGAGGCUAAUGGGUGAUGUUAAUGCUACACAACAUGGACCACCCUGUAUACAACCGGAUCCUCGAAAUCAGAAUCGUAUAAUAGGCGAUGAGAAUUGUUUGCUGUUGAAUAUUUAUACACCGCGAAUGCCGGAUGAAACAACUGGUUUGCCAGUCAUAGUAUGGAUACAUCCGGGUGGUUUUCGUUAUGGCUCAGCUAAUCAAUAUGAUUCUACGCCUAUGGCUCAACAGGGAGUUAUUGUGGUGGCCCCUCAAUACCGUCUGGGGUCAUUGGGUAUUAUUGGCGAUGGUACUAAAGAAUUUGAUGGUAAUUUGGCAAUUUUCGAUAUGGCGUCUGCUUUGAGAUGGAUCAAUGACUACAUCUCUCACUUUGGUGGUGAUCCCAAGCAAAUCAAGGUAGUGGGUCAUGGUUCGGGGGCAGCCAGUGCUAUGUAUUUAUCAAUGUCUAGAUCUGCGCGUAGUGCUGCUGAUAUAACAGGUGUGGUGGCCAUGUCUGGGACAGCCUUAUCACAAUAUGCCACUGAUAAAGAGCCAGUACAAAGUGUACAGGAAGUAGCUAAGAUUAAUGGUUGUCCCACUACAAGUGAAGUGGAAAUUGUUAAGUGUAUGAGAAAGAAAUCUGCUGAAGAAAUUAUUGAAAACGAUUCUAAGAUACAAACCGAAAGAUUGGCUGGCAGAGCCAUGAUUAAAGCUUUUUCCGGUAGCAUAGGUUUCCAGCCCCAUAUUGAAAAUGCAGAUGAUGGCCGCGCUUUGCCUAGUCUAAUUGUGGCUGAGCCAGAUCAGCAAUUACAAAGUGGCAAUUUCACACCCGUACCCCUGCUAACAGGAGUUACAAAACAUGAAACUGCCAAUGCCUUUACCUUGGAUAAUAUUAACAAGGUAUUUGGUUCUGCAGAGCAAUUUUUGGGCUCCUUAACAGAUACCUUAACAAAUCUAACCCAGUUUUUGAGAGUGGACAAAAUAACAGGUCAAAUAAGUAAGGCACAAUUACCAGGACUACCCAGUGCUUUAACACCCACUUUAAAUGAUGUUCUCAAAGUUCCAGAAACAUUAAAUAUAAAUCAAAUAUUGUCCAAGAUUGUGGAGUCCACCACAGAUGUUUUAUUCAACCUCCCUGCUGUCUUAACCACCCAAGUAUGGUCUAAAAUAGCCCCGGCCUUUAUGUAUAGUUUCGAAUAUAAUGGCACCAUUUCUAAGGGCAUUAAUUUCUUACGUGGCCUACCCAUUGUAGCCGAUACUAAAAAUGAAAAUUCCGAAAUAGUGGCUCAUGGUGAUGAAUUGGGCUACAUGUUCGAUUGCAAUGAUGUUUUUGGCAAUCCUUUGCCUGAAACUCGCCUAACAUCGGAGGAAGACCUAAAGGUGCGCAGUAAUAUUAUUGGCAUGAUUACUAAAUUUGCCAAAAAUUUCAAGGAAGACUCUAAAAUUGGUCAAUUCACUGAUAAUAUAUUUAAAAGUGUUACCGGCAAAGGUACACCCUUUAUAAAAGUUGAUACUGAUAUUAGUUCCGAUUCAGAUUUCCGUUUCUGUGAGUUAUCCUUAUUUGGUGCUUCAUUGAGUCCAGUUACUUCUACUUCUUGCGAGGGAUUGGGCAGUGUUCUGUCAUCCCUGCAGGGAUCAUUGGGUGGCGUGACUAAUGUAUUGGGAGGCGGCUCUAAUUUGGGUAACGUACUUACUGGAGGUAAUAGACCCAAUACUGGUACUGGAGGUUUAUUUGGUAGUUCAUCGUUGACGGGUGGUAAUACUGCUCCAAAUAAUCGCAAAUCUGGAGGUUUGUUUGGAUUGCUUUAAA